AUGGACUGUGAAGAAAUUGUUAGUGAUGUUUUGAAGUUAUUAGAUAUUUUAGUAACUCCAGUAAAACAAGCAAACACAGGUUCAAGCUCUCAAAAUCUAGUAGAAAGUUUAAAAGGAAAUCUUCACAAAUUUGAAGACUUUGUAGAAAAGAAUGCAGAGUUUAAAGAUGUUUGGAUCCAAAAUGUGUUAACAUCAAGUGUAAAGGAGGAUAAUGUGUCAUGGAAAUUUACAUCUUAUUGCCUUAAACUGUUGGACAUUUUACAAGAAAACUUGAAAAAAGCUUCAGAGAAGUUUAGUUCUGUGGAAAUAAAAAAAUCUUUAACACCUAAUCAAGCACCACCUUUGUCUCCAGAUACACUUAGUUUUGAACAACAGAAGCACAUUUUAACAUCCCUACAAUUUAUCAUUUGUUUGGGUGUUUGUCCCCAUCUACCAGAUGGUGUUGGGAUCCCCUUGUCCAAACGCUCAGGCUUCAGCAACUUAUUAUCAGAUUUAAAUUCGGAGAGCAAGAGUGAUAAACAUCUUCAGGAUGCACAUCUAAAAUUGUUAAUCUGUGCCAAGGUUUUUAUGACAUGUCUGGACAUUCCAUCAUUAGCUGUGCUUCUGUUAUCCAGACAUCUGAAUGAUCUGCUAGCAUUAUUAUUACAACUUAAUCAUUUACACAAAGUGAAAGUUGACUCAUUAGAAAUCACUGGUAGCAAUAAGAACACAAUUACUUCAAAUACACUUCAGAAACAAGAAUCAGAAUCUUCUCAUACAAAUGUGCUAUUGAGUUCGAGGACCAAGGGGUUUUGUGAAACAGCUUUAAAAAGAUUAUUAGGCACUGUUAAACCAUCAAUGCUUGUUAGAGAGUUAAUAGUCUUACAAGGUGGUCCAAAGUCAAAAAAGCCUGGUUUAUUGCCACCAGCUCCAGUUUGGUUACGUCAAGAUUGUGCCAGCUUUCUUAGUGAUAUACUGAAGAAACCUCAUGGUGUUUUACAUAUUAUACAUGGUGUUGUUGGAAAUGAAGCCAGUGUACCAGUAAGUCAGACAUCCUUAACAGACUGGAGAAAAUGUGAAGCUGCAGCAAAGAUAAUAGCUCAUUGUCCUCGUAAUUUUACAUCUGUUGACGAAUACUAUCAGCUCAUAGCACCACAGAUAUUAAGAUUACUAGAGGAUGGUGAUAAUGAGAAAAUGAAGUUAUAUCUACGUGUAUGUUGUAGUAUUAUAAAAGAAAUGUAUAUUCAGAAUGAAUCCCUGACUGAUCAGUAUAUCAUUACACCCAUUAUGAAUCCUCUAUUACACUGUUUAGAUUCCAAUG